UUUAAAGAUUCAACACUCUCAAAAGACCCCACGAGCCACCCGACGACCUCUCUCUCCAAUUCCGCCGGUUUCAAUGGAGGAAAUCCACCAAAACCCUCAUCCUCCGCCGUGGCCGCCACCGCCGGCCGCCGUUCCUCCAUAUUUCCGGUGCCCUAUUUCCAUGGAAGUGAUGCAAGAUCCGGUCACCAUUUCCACCGGCGUCACCUUCGAAAGAGCCAACAUAGAGAGGUGGUUCUUCACUUACAACAAGAGAACUUGCCCUGCCACCAUGCAAACCAUCCUCAACUUUGAUAUCACCCCUAAUUAUACCCUCAAGAGGCUAAUACUUUCUUGGAAUAUGAAAGAAUCUUGCUCGUCGUCAUCGUCGUCGUCAUCGUUGGUGGAGUACGACGAUGUCGGGGCUCUCUUGAAGAACGUCGAGUCGUCGCCAUUCAAGGUGAGUUCUUUGAGGAAACUACGACUGCUCGCGGCGGUGGAUGAUGUUGCUGCUAAUGGAGUGAAAUCCGUCUUUUCUCGAGCAAAUGGGUUUGAAGUUCUGGUCGGAAUAGUCAAUCAAGUCGUUGCCUCUGAAAGCUUCGAUUUUGCUAACUUCGAAGCUUGUCAGGAGGCUUUAGGGGUAUUAUCUCACUUUUCAUUUUCCAAAAGAGAUGAGAAGUUAUUUGAGAUGCUAUCCAAACCCGAAUCCAUCAAAUCAAUGGCGGUUGUUUUACAAAGAGGAAGCAUAGAAGGACGGUUUUACGCAAUGGAAAUGCUUCAAAAGAUGUGCCAAAACGGCUACGAUUGGAACUUGCUAACUAGAUAUCAAGCCAUUGACUUGUUUAAAUCGAUCUUCGAGCUCGCAUCAGAUGAGAUGAACAAGCAAGCAAGUACCCUUAUGUUAAGGGAUUUCUCUACAAUUCCAAAAUGUCGAUGUGAAACAUUGUUCUCCUCCACCCUAAAGCUUUUGAUAGAGAUCAUGGAGUCCUCGAAGAAGAGUAGGUUGAGAUCGAUCGAAGCCGGUGCCGUCUGCAUCAUGAUCGACCUCCUCCCAGACUUGAACCGAUCGAAGUGCGAGAGAACAUUACACAUACUCAAACUUCUGAGCGAGUGCGCAGAGGGCAGGUCGGCCAUUGCGGAGCACGCCAUGGGAAUAGCAAUAGUGACGAAGAAAAUGAGUGCGUCGAACGCAGCGACAAAAAUCGGGGUGAAGAUCUUGUGGUUGAUGUGCAACUAUCAUCCUGGCGAGAGGGUUUUGGAGGAGAUGAUGGGGUGUGGGGCAGUGAAGAAGCUUUUGGGGAUCUUGAAUAAUAAUGGCGAUGGCAGAUCUUCAACAAAGGAGAAGGCAAGGAAGAUCAUGAACAUUCAUGGGAGUUUUUGGAGGAGAUUUCCUUGUUUUCCUUAUGAGUUUAGGGAUUAAGUUGAAGUUGGUGAACCAAUAGAAAACUACUUGUUUUUAAAUGCUUUUCGUAGCCAUCGAGAAACCAACACAUAAAAUAUUGUAACUUUUAGAAAUAUGCUUGAAAAAGUACACUAGGGCUUUUGGCCAAUUAGAAAACUAAUUUUGAUGUCUUCAAUCAUAAGUUCGAUGUUUGUAGCUUGGCUAAUCGAUCUUGGUCGGAUCUAGCUAUGAGAGGGGUAGUCCAUGUCUAUUAUGAACUAUUGUAAAAUCCCUUCUCUUUUCAA